UUAGGAAACUAUCUGAUUGUUUGAUGUGUUGUGUUCUCUGGGUUUGGACUUGGAUAUUUUGUUAUUUGUUGUGAAACUUUUGAAAAAAAUUAAAGUGUAGUUAUUGAAUAAAAUGGAUGCAGCAGAUGAUAAUAUUGAUUGGCGUGAAGCUUCUGACAGUUUAAAAGAUGACAUAGAGUCACGGACACCCUAUACUGAUGCAGUUAAAUGUAAAAAACCAGUCAAUCAUGUUAAGCGACCUAUGAAUCCGUUCAUGAUUUGGAGUCAAAUUGAAAGGAGAAAAAUUAUGGACCAAAAUCCCGGCAUUCCAUCCCCAGAAAUUAGCGUACAGCUGGGAAAGAGAUGGAAAAUGUUAACUAACCAAGAAAGAAUUCCUUUUGCUAAAGAAGCUGAACGACUUCGAAAGCUUCAUUCUCAAGAAUUUCCUGACUACAAAUUUUCUCCUAAACCAAAGAAAAAGAAGACUCCAAAAUUGAAGGCAGAUUUAAAAUUUUCUAAAAAUAAACGUGUUUCUACCCCUGGGAAUUUGGAAAAAAGCGACGAAAAGUUUAUAGCUCGUAAUAAUUUGGUUGCUUUGAAAGAUAGGAUAAUUGAAAAAUGUGAAUCUGUUGAUAAAAGUGGUUCAAAAUUUACCUAUUACUAUUCCAAGCCUGCUACUUCCGUCUCUUCUGAUAUUAAAGAGAAACUUGAGAAUCCUGAAGAAGAGAAGUUCCUUUCACUUGAAAGUGAACAAAUUCAAGCAGCCGGCACAUCCAAAAAAAGCUCUAAAAAAGUUUCAAGAAAAAAUAAAUUUUCUAAAAUCACUACUGAGGGGAAACUUGUAUGGGAUAGUUUAAUGGAAGUUGAUAUUGCUACUUUGUCUAGUAAAAAAACUUUACCUCCUCGUUUACAAAUAGACGGUUGCCUGACUUCAGGUUCAAUAGCAGCUCUUUCUUGUUACAGAGAUGAUUGGGCUGCUGCUUUUGAUUAUUUAACGGAUAAAGUACUUCAAAGCUCAAAGAAUAUUUGUGAAGAAAUAGACAAUAUUUCAAAACAAUAUGGAGAAGCAUUAGAAGGAAAAAAUAAUGCCUAUCUAACAGAACCAUUAGAGUUUAACAUUCCUGACAUUAAUAAAGAACUGGGAAAGAAAUGGAAAGAUCCUAAUUUUGGUUUGAAAUUUUCUACGUAGAACGUGUUGUGAAUAGUUUGGUUAGCCCGUCGCACCUAAAAAGUCGCCAAAAAAUGUAAACUUAUGCAAACUUUUACUUUUGUUAUUUUUUUUAAACGCAUAAAAAAUAAAUUAAAAAAUUAUGGAAUUUCCUUGUAACCAAAAAGCUCCCCGGCUAACUGAAAAGUGUCGAUUAUUUUUACAAGAUAAAAGUGCAAUAAUAUUUGUUGUGAAGUAUUUUUUGUAAAUCUUAAGUGAAAAAAAUUAAUCCACAUUGAUUCAAUUUUCAUCGAAUGAUCAUAUUUUGAUUAACUAUUUGUGCAAUCUUCAUGUUUCAUUGCUGUCAUGUUUCAAGCAGUUGCUUGUAGGUAUCCAAUUAAAUCUGAUCUGAAAAUUGAUUCAGCAUUGUGAUAAUCCUUAAAGCUGCAACCUUAGCAUGCCUUUCAAAGCCACAUGAUUAGACACAUCCAUUUCAUUAGUUGCACGCACCCAAUUGGCUUUUAAAUGAUUAAUAUACUGCCGACAGCCUUCUUCUCAAAAAUUAAUGGAAAAAAUCUAUGUAGGGCCAUUCUCCUGUUAUGCACGGGACAUUUGCAGACCCGUGAAGUAUAUAAAAAUAAUAAAAUAAUGAAGUUAUUAAUUUUUUUUUUACAAUUCAAAUCAAAACAAGACUGUUUCUUAAAUAUUGUAUUGAAAAGAAAUCAAAAAUUAAAGUUUAAAUACUUGAAAAGACAUUUAAUAUAGUCGUUAUGCACGGGACUCAGAAAAAAGAUAAAUUUCUACCUUGACUUUUAUUAUUCAUAAACUCUGUGAAUUUAGAACUUGUGUAUUGUCAUUAUAUUUUUUUCUUAACUAAUAAAUAUUACUUCUAUUCAA